UUGCCCUUUCCGGACCCGAGGAUAUGGCAUUUCAAAGACAUUGAUCUUUUACAACUGACAGAAUUUUUAACAAAUCUCCCAGCAGGCUGUACCACGACCAUGGCUCGACCUACGAGCCCCGGCAAAUCUUCAUCUGCUGGAAGCCCGGAGGCCCAAGUCCAAAAUGACCCGAUAGAGGGCGAGCUAGUCGCUGAAGAGAAUGUGGACGACUUUGCGUCAGAUUAUGGUAGCAUCGCAUCAUCGACGACAAGCAUAAGCAGUUCAAUACUCGAAUACAGAAACGAAAAUGGCAGGACCUACCAUAAAUAUAAAGAUGGGAAAUACAACUAUCCCAAUGACGAGACAGAAAACGAUAGACUAGAUUUGCAACAUAACCUUUUCCUUCUUACAUUUGACAACAGACUGGGGACUGCCCCGCCAAAUACCAUAGGCUCUCGGGUGAAACGCGUCCUUGACGUAGGUACCGGUACCGGUAUCUGGGCCAUUGAGUUUGGCGAUGAGCAUCCCGAGGCCGAGAGAAUUGAGGUUCUCGGGGUUGAUCUUUCCGCCAUCCAACCGCAAUUUGGACUGGCACCCGGCGGCUACCUAGAGCUCAAUGAGAUUGACGUGUUCCCCACCUCUGACGAUGGCACUCUCACAGAGGACCUUGCGUUGUCCAGGUGCAUGCGGCUGCUGGGCGAUGCCAUGGCAAAGAUUGGCCGUGCCUUUCAAAGCAUUCCGGAGUUGAGAGAUAUCAUGAUUGAGAUCGGGUUCCGCGACGUGACGCUUAACCGGUUCAAAUGGCCGUCCAACACAUGGCCGAGGCAUGCGAAAUACAAGGAACUCGGCUUAUGGAAUAACGAGAACCAGAUUUCUGGAUUCGAAGGCUACACCAUGGCUCCCUUCACCAGGAUUCAUGGGUGGACGAGCAAGGAGGUGCAGGUAUUUCUGAUUGAUGUUCGAAAAGACAUUAACAACCGGAACAUCCAUGCAUACUGGCCGAUCUAUUCUCUUUGGGGACGAAAGCCUACGGAAGAGGAGGCCAGGCAAGGCUUGUAA